AUGACCGACCGGCUGAUACUUGUCCGCCGGUCGCUCGUGGCGUACCUGGCGCUAUUGAUCCACAAGUUUGCCCCCCACCGACAAUUUUGCCUGCUGGACCAGUUCACGCUGCUUUACACGCAAAUGCUGGCUAACUUCCACCAGGCAAUUACCACUUUAAAACAGGUAAUGGCGGCGGCAUUGCUGCUGGAAGGUACCAUCGAGAAAGUGCUGGUGCACCCGGAUACGGUGUUUGCCAUAUUGAUUCUGGGGAUCUUCGUGGUGCUUUUCCUCAGUCGUCAUCCGCAUAAGCUUAUGCCAUUGCUAGCAUUUGAAGAAGAUGGUCCUCUGCUCCACUUUAUGGCGAUUGCUCGUGGGGUGAGAGAGACGAUUAUCUUAUGGGCACCAUCGCUCUAUUUAAGUCAGUACCAGACGAUCUACGCUGAGUUACUUGGGACCACGGCUCCGCUACUGGCGGGCGAUCAUAAUGCUGAUAAUAUCAUCCCUAUGCUUGCCCCUAUGUUCGCUGACUUGGACGACGCCUAUAUCCCGCCCGCCAUUAAACCGACACUUCAACAAUCAAUGCAAGUGCUUAACGCUCAGCUUCACGACUUGGCGCAGGUGCGGCUUAACCUUGAACUCACCAAGUUCCUUUUGCGAGUUCCCUCCGAAUUCUUUGAUUUAGUGUUUCAAAAGAACUUUUUCGCUUUACGGAUAAUGUUUGUGUUUCUGUGUCUUCUGUUACUACUUGAGUUCUGGGUGCUGGAACAGCUGAACAUGUGGGUUGACUACCUCGAGUGGUUCCGCCAAUACAACUUUACAGUGUGCGACCAGUGGAUGUACCCCCAUGACCGCACGCUUUACGAUAUUGCCUUUACUUACCGGCUCCAUUUCCCUCUUGGCCACUACCACCACUUGGAGUUGAUGGACUUGAACCAGUUAUUGCAGCUCGCCAUGGGCAGUACCCCUGCAACCAGUGUGGCUGUUGUCGAUCCGGGCUCCGAUAUUGCGUCCGAAGCCACUGUCGAACCAGCAGCCUCGUUCGCUGGCUAA